ACUCUCCCAAGCUCCCAGUGGCGUCUGCAGGCGGCGGUGGUGAAGUUGCUCAUUCACGACCUGGAGAGUUGCAAAUUGGUGCUAACACGAGAAGGUCAUAAUACGAGAAAAAACGGUUAUCGGGAUGCUGUGCAGAACGGGGACAUCUUUAGAGGUUACAAUGAGAUCGUAAUGACUUCCUGUUGCAUAGCUUGAGUGAGAAGAAGCGCUUCCGGCGGUCUUAGCUCACUAAUCAACAAACCAGUUUUUGGGGCUUGACGCGACCCUUGCCUCAGGCCUCUCGGGGUCCAGACAGCCGCCCAGCCCGCUCUGUGAGGCAGCAGUGAGUAGUGUGGUACCUCCUUGUCUCGGUUCAGGUCCAGACCUCCCCUUUUUCCGGCUGCUCUGGACAGCAGGCGACCUCAGGACCCUCUGAUUGGCGCCUGCGCCGGCGGACCGUGACCGAGAAAACCCCUGGAGGGACUUGGGCAUUCCUUGGGCUCAGUGCCUGUUCUUCCUGCUCCUUUCGGGCAAGGAUCUCACAUUAUCAGUCUUUGACCCGCCCAGAAUGCCAGGCAUUUGAUAAAUGUUUGUUGAACUUGAAGAGACAUACGGACAAUGAAUCUGCAAAGGGAGAACAUCUUUGGUCCUACAGUUUUGCUGACACUGACAUUUUUCUAAGUGGUCACAAAUAGCCUGCUGUUUACAUAAAUAACUGACUGGCUAGACCUCGUAUUUUUCACUACAGAAGCCUAUAAUCUAAAGUUGCCAGGAUUUAAACACAUUACUUUUAGGUUAUCAUCUACAUUUAUCCUGAGACCUCUUCUCUUCUUAUUCCAAAAUGUUGAGAUACUGGGGAGAGAUACCAAUAUCAUCAAGCCAGACCAACAGAAGUUCCUUUGAUUUGCUCCCACGGGAGUUCCGUCUGGUGGAAGUCCAUGACCCACCCCUGCACCAACCCUCAGCCAACAAGCCGAAGCCCCCCACUAUGCUGGACAUCCCCUCAGAGCCAUGUAGUCUCACCAUCCAUACGAUUCAGUUGAUUCAGCACAACCGACGACUUCGCAACCUUAUUGCCACAGCGCAGGCCCAGAAUCAGCAGCAGACAGAAGGUGUAAAAACUGAAGAGAGUGAACCUCUUCCCUCGUGCCCUGGGUCACCUCCUCUCCCUGAUGACCUCCUGCCUUUAGAUUGUAAAAAUCCCAAUGCACCAUUCCAGAUCCGGCACAGUGACCCAGAGAGUGACUUUUAUCGUGGGAAAGGGGAACCUGUGACUGAACUCAGCUGGCACUCCUGUCGGCAGCUCCUUUACCAGGCAGUGGCCACAAUCCUGGCCCACGCAGGCUUUGACUGUGCUAAUGAAAGUGUCCUGGAGACCCUAACUGAUGUGGCACAUGAGUAUUGCCUUAAGUUUACCAAGUUGUUGCGUUUUGCUGUGGACCGGGAGGCCCGGCUGGGACAGACUCCUUUUCCAGAUGUGAUGGAGCAGGUAUUCCAUGAAGUGGGUAUCGGCAGUGUGCUCUCCCUCCAGAAGUUCUGGCAGCACCGCAUCAAGGACUAUCACAGUUACAUGCUACAGAUUAGUAAGCAACUCUCUGAAGAAUAUGAAAGGAUUGUCAAUCCUGAGAAGGCCACAGAGGACAUGAAACCUGUGAAGAUCAAGGAGGAACCUGUGAGCGACAUCACCUUUCCUGUCAGUGAGGAGCUGGAGGCUGACCUUGCUUCUGGAGACCAGUCACUGCCUAUGGGAGUGCUUGGGGCUCAGAGUGAACGCUUCCCAUCUAACCUGGAGGUUGAAGCUUCACCACAGGCUUCAAGUGCAGAGGUAAAUGCUUCUCCUCUUUGGAAUCUGGCCCAUGUGAAAAUGGAGCCUCAAGAGAGUGAAGAAGGCAAUGUCUCUGGGCAUGGUGUGCUGGGCAGCGAUGUCUUCGAGGAGCCCAUGUCAGGCAUGAGUGAAGCUGGGAUUCCUCAGAGCCCUGAUGACUCAGAUAGCAGCUAUGGUUCCCACUCCACUGACAGCCUCAUGGGGUCCUCCCCUGUUUUCAACCAGCGCUGCAAGAAGAGGAUGAGGAAAAUAUAAAAGGAAAAGAGGGAGAUUUUUUGUCCAGACCUACUAGACCCAACAGAGAAAGUUUUUGUAUUAGAAUCUGUUUCCAUAAAAAUUGAUUUGAUUCCUGUUCUUAAACACAAGUGGUUUUUCCUUAUUCCAGAGGACCUGGACAUCACCAAACAAGGUUGCAUUUUACUUUUGCAUCCAGUUUUUAUAGUUUUCCACAACCAAGCCACCUUUCACAGACGAAAUAUGAUGCUGGCAUGGCAAUCAAAGCAAAGCACCGUCCUCGACUGUUGUCUUAACUAUGACUAGACAUGUUACUUAGCUUCUCUACAGCCAUUUCUCUUGUACAACUGAGAAUCAUACUUCUUUGACCUACCUUGCAGAGAUGUGAGGAUUUAGGUGUUUGCUAACUUCAAAACUGUGCUUGAAUAGACUCAUAAUAUAUGCUCAUAUCAGAUGUCAGUUUUCAUUUAACUUGAUUCAUUUUUGGCUCAGGUCGUUGGGAAUCCAUUACUAAUACCUAACAGGAAAUAGCGAAACACAACAUACCUUAUCUGUUAGUCACCUUCUUAAAACUGUUUUUGCUGCUUUUGAAGUGUCUUAUUUAUAAGAUCAGAGGUCUACAGUGACAGCCUUUUUGCUUAUUCAGACAGCUCUCUCCUAUCAUCCACAUAUUCUUCUCUAGAUUUAUUCCAUCUAUCCUCAUCCUUUUGGCCUUUGUUAUUUCUGCUCAGACUCACAUAUUUUCACCAUAUACAUAUUUUCAGUUGUUUCUUUCAUUUUCUCCUUUGUGAGCAAAGCAAACAAGUACUGUCCAAGGACAACCUUGUGCAUAUUUCAUUUGUUGCAUUUGCUUGGUCAUCAGAGGACAGCAGUCCAUUAAGCACACUUUGCUUCUGCUACUGUAAAGGCAGCCUUUAAAGCAUAGUAAUAUGCACCUUUCAACUUUAUAUCAUUGUCCUGAACAACGUAACUAUGGUUACUCAUCCAUCAGACUAUCUGUACAUUUAAGUACCGAAUCAGUAUUUAUUAAGUAAAUGUUGUAGCACUGUAGUGAUUAGGAAUAAUUAGCAAAUGUGUUGCUUCAUGCCUUGGUAAUGGAUGCCAACAUGUAAAACUGCUGAAGUUUGGUUUUCUGAUGCAGAAUACAUCUUGUAAAAUUUAGACCACUCCUUUAAUAUAGACCAAAAUAAGGCACAGCUUUAAUUCAUUAUUGAAUGCCUUAAAUGUCCCAGGUAUUAUUUAGAAUGAAUAUGAU